CCCAUCUUGUGCGAUGCGCAGCGCCCUGCUUCUCGCUCUCGCCGCGCCUGCCGCGGCGCUCGCGCCGGGCAGCAUGCUCAGCAGCAGCCGCGUGGUGUGCCGCGGGGGCGCGCCCGACAUGAUCGAGCGCGGCUCAAAAGUGCGCGUGCUGCGGCCCGAGUCUUACUGGUUCCAGGAGUGCGGCUCGGUCGCUACCAUCGCCAAGGGUGGCGACCGGUAUCCGGUGGUGGUGCGCUUCGAGAAGGUGAAUUACCCCGGGGUCGCGCCCAACAACUUUGCCCUGGAUGAGCUUGGGGAGGUGGAGGCCCCCGCCAAGAAGAAGGCGGCGAAGGCGGCUCCGGCGGCGAAGGAGGGUGCUCCCGCCGCCAAGGCUGCUCCUGCGGCGAAGGAGGUUGCGGCCAAGAAGUAGACGCUGCUCUGUGCUUGGGAGGGGCAUUGCGGUGCACCGUCUGUUCGCUCGUCUUGUGUACCCCUCCCCCAACUCUGCCCUUGCCAGUUUGCUUCCCUGCCACAGCCUUUGCCGGGCCUGUCAGCGUAUCUGUUUUUCUAGAUUGGUCGUUUUCC